AUGAAUGCUCAGCAGGAACUCGAGAGAGUUGGAAUUCUCGGUGCUACUCUAGCACCUGGAAAUUCUGUCACUGUGAUCCAUCAACAACAUGUUUCGCCCGCACUUUUCAAUCGCAUCAAAAAUCUCGAAUUGGCCAAUAAUGGAGCUAGAGCAAGACGAACGGAGCAGGAAAAUAAGUUUGCAUCUCAAGCAAGCAGAAUACAAAGUCUAGAAAUCCGCUUGCAGAAUCGGGAACACCAACUUGAGAGUCAAGUCAUAGAGAUUAAAACUCUUCAGACGGAGAUCAUAGACCUCAGAACAUCCAGAGAGGCUGAUAUGAUCACGAUCAAGCAUCACGAUCAUCUGAUAAAAAAUCUUCGCGAAUUUCUUCAAAAGAGAGUUCUCAAGGAUAUCACUUCUUUCAGAGAGGCCUCCAAUUCCCAAAACACUAAAAUCAAUGAUCAAGCGCGAGUUGGACGAGAAGUUAGCCUUAUAUAA